AUGAAUAAUAACAGAAAUAAAAGAGUUGUUGAUGAUCAAACUGACUUGGAUAAUUUAAAAAAACAUCUAUUAGAAGAACAAAGACAAGAAAUUUAUGAAGUAUUUGCAGUAUUUGAUUUAAACGAAGAUGGUCUUUUAGAUUAUCAUGAAUUGAAAGUAGCAUUUAGGGCUCUUGGUUUCAAUCUGAGUAAGCAAGAAGUGUUAAGAAUAUUAGAUGACUACGAUAAAACCGGGCGUCGAUUGAUAGAUUAUAAUGACUUUUUCUUUGUUGUUGGACAAAAGAUUUUGCAAAGAGAUCCAUUAGAAGAAAUUAAGAGAGCAUUCAAAUUGUUUGAUGAUGAUAACACAGGGAAAAUUAGUUUAAAAAAUUUAAGAAGAGUUGCCAAUGAAUUAGGUGAGAAUUUAACAGAUGAAGAGAUGAGAGCUAUGAUUGAAGAAUUUGAUUUGGAUGGAGAUGGGGAAAUUAAUGAACAAGAAUUCAUAGAUAUUUGCAGAGAUGCCUAA